UCCUUCUUUUCUCUCUCAGUAGUAACAACAACACUCUAACUUCCAACCAGUCACUCUCACCAACCUUACACCAUUACAAAGAUGGCAAGAAGAGGAACUUCUUUUAGACACAAACAACAAACCCUAAUAGUCAGGGUUAAAGAGAUUUGCAAAUCAAAAAUAAGAGAUUCAGUUGGAGAAGAAACCCUAGAUAGGGUGGUGGAUAAUUGUAUAGGAAUUAAGAAUGAUGCAAUCAGGGAUUCCUCUUUGUAAUUCCUGUGGUGAAUCAGUUGGAUUAGGUUCUAAUGAUGAAGCUUUUAUUGCUUGUCAUGAAUGCAAUUUUCCUAUGUGUGAGAAUUGUGUUCAUGAUGAGAUUAAGGAAGGGCGAAAAGUUUGUCUACGAUGUGGGAAUCCUUAUGCUGCUGCUACUAGCUUGGUGAACCCAACAGCAGAUAAUGUUGAAAAGGAUGAUGUAUCUGUUAAUCGUUCAACAAUGGCACAUCAUAUUGAAAGCUAUCAGGAUGUUGGAGUUCAUGCUAGAAGUAUAAGUAAUUUCUCUGCACUUGAAAGUGAGUCAAAUGCUGAAUCCGGGAACCCAAUAUGGAAGAACAGGGUGGAAAGUUGGAAGGAGAAAAAGAAUAAGAAGCAGGUUAUCUCUAAGCGCGAACAAGAACCUCAACUUCCAGUAGAACAGCAAAUGGAAGAAAAACAGCCAAUGGAAGAUGUACAAAUACUUUCCAAAACAAUUCCUAUUCCUUCCAACAAGAUCACUCCAUACAGGAUUGUGAUUAUAGCGAGAUUGAUAAUUUUGGGGCUUUUCUUCCACUAUAGAGUGACAAACCCCGUUGAUAGUGCAUUUGGUCUCUGGCUUACUUCUAUCAUUUGCGAGAUCUGGUUUGCUGUUUCAUGGGUGCUGGAUCAAUUCCCUAAGUGGUCUCCUGUCAACAGAGUGACAUAUACCGACAGACUGUCUGCAAGGUUUGAAAAGGAGGGUGAGCCUUGUCAGUUGGCUCCUGUAGACUUUUUCGUCAGUACAGUUGAUCCACUAAAGGAACCACCAUUGAUUACUGCUAAUACAGUACUCUCAAUCCUUGCUGUGGACUAUCCUGUUGAGAAAGUCUCCUGUUAUGUGUCUGAUGAUGGGUCUGCUAUGCUUACAUUUGAAUCUCUUGUUGAGACGGCGGAAUUUGCAAGAAAGUGGGUUCCAUUCUGUAAAAAAUAUGCAAUUGAGCCACGUGCUCCUGAAUUCUACUUCUCUCAAAAGAUCGAUUACUUGAAGGAUAAAGUACAACCAUCUUUUGUGAAGGAACGUAGAGCAAUGAAAAGAGAUUACGAAGAAUACAAAGUAAGAGUUAAUGCUUUAGUAGCAAAAGCUCAGAAAACACCAGAUGAAGGUUGGACGAUGCAAGACGGUACAUCUUGGCCAGGAAACAAUCCUCGUGACCACCCUGGCAUGAUUCAGGUUUUUCUUGGACAUAGUGGUGCACAUGACAUAGAUGGAAAUGAACUUCCACGGCUCGUAUAUGUCUCCAGGGAGAAAAGGCCUGGCUACACACACCACAAGAAGGCUGGUGCCAUGAAUGCACUGGUUAGAGUGUCUGCAGUCCUCACCAAUGCUCCCUACAUUCUUAACCUUGAUUGCGAUCAUUAUGUCAACAAUAGCGAGGCAGUUCGUGAGGGCAUGUGUUUCAUGAUGGAUCCACAAGUUGGUAAAAACGUCUGCUAUAUUCAGUUUCCUCAGAGAUUCGAUGGUAUUGAUCGAAGUGAUAGAUACGCCAACAGAAAUGUCGUUUUCUUUGAUGUUAACAUGAGAGGAUUAGAUGGUAUUCAAGGACCAGUUUAUGUUGGAACUGGUACUAUGUUCAAUAGGCAAGCACUUUAUGGAUAUGGCCCUCCAUCUUUACCUAGCCUUCCCAAGUCUUCUUCAUCUUCCUCAUGGUGCUCUUGCUUCUCUUAUUGUUGCCGUUCCAAAAAACCUUCUAAGGAUGCCUCAGAGAUGUAUCGUGAUUCUAAACGGGAAGAUCUUGAUGCCGCCAUUUUUAAUCUCAGAGAAAUAGAAAGUAAGCGGGCUUCCCAAAGCCAUCAAUGUUUUGAGAUGCUUAGUGGUGCUUCUAAAUUACUGAUGAUAAAAUCCAUUUCUGCAGACUAUGAUGAGCAUGAUAGGUCUCUACUGAUUUCUCAGAUGAGCUUCGAGAAGACUUUUGGCUUAUCUACAGUAUUCAUUGAAUCUACUAUGAUGGAGUAUGGAGGAGUAGCAGAUUCUGCCAACCCAUCAACUCUGAUCAAGGAGGCAAUUCAUGUCAUUAGCUGUGGAUAUGAAGAGAAAACUGAAUGGGGGAAGGAGAUUGGUUGGAUAUAUGGGUCUGUGACGGAAGAUAUCUUGACGGGUUUCAAAAUGCAUUGUCGAGGGUGGAGAUCAAUUUACUGCAUGCCCGUGAGACCUGCUUUCAAAGGAUCAGCUCCCAUCAAUUUGUCUGACCGGUUGCACCAAGUCCUUAGAUGGGCACUUGGAUCUGUGGAAAUUUUCCUCAGCAGACAUUGUCCCCUCUGGUACGGAUGGGGAGGUGGCCGCCUAAAAUUACUGCAAAGACUAGCAUAUAUAAACACAAUUCUGUACCCAUUUACUUCCCUUCCUCUGAUUGCUUACUGCUCACUGCCUGCUAUCUGCCUUCUCACUGGAAAAUUUAUCAUACCAACGCUGUCAAACAUUGCAAGCAUUUGGUUUCUUGGUCUCUUCACCUCCAUCAUCUUAACAAGUGUGCUCGAGCUGAGGUGGAGCGGUGUGAGCAUUGAAGACUUGUGGCGUAAUGAACAGUUUUGGGUUAUUGGAGGUGUUUCAGCUCAUCUAUUUGCCGUCUUCCAAGGGUUCUUAAAGAUGUUAGCUGGUGUGGACACCAACUUCACUGUGACGGCAAAAGCUGGUGAUGAUGCCGAUUUUGGUGAACUAUACAUGUUCAAAUGGACUACUCUUCUAAUCCCUCCUACAACCCUUCUUGUUGUAAACUUAGUGGGUGUAGUUGCCGGGUUCUCCAAUGCACUCAAUAGCGGUUAUGAAGCAUGGGGUCCACUUUUUGGCAAAGUCUUUUUUGCCUUUUGGGUGAUUCUUCAUCUUUACCCAUUCCUCAAGGGUCUUAUGGGGCGUCAAAACCGAACUCCAACAAUUGUAGUUCUUUGGUCAGUCCUUUUGGCCUCUGUCUUUUCGCUUGUUUGGGUGAAGAUUGAUCCCUUCUUAAGCAAAGCCACAACAAUCACCAACAAUUGCAUUUCUAUCGAUUGCUAAAGAAAACUCAUCCAUAUAAGUUGCUGUGUUUUUCUCUAUCGAAUUUGAAUUGUGAAAUGAGUUGGGACUUCGAUGCUGAUUUUUGGGUGAAAUGAGUUGGGACUUCGAUGCUGAUUUUUGGGGAUUAAAGGGUAUUACUAAGUACAACAUCUAGCAAAAACGGGUUCCUGCUUGGCUUUAUUUGGAGUUUCAGAGUUCUUAAGUUAGUAACUUAGUAUCAAUGUUUGCAAGAUCUUGUAGAUUUAAUGACUGUAUACUGAAUAUUCUGACACAAACAGGAUAAUUCAGGAAAAAUUAUAUUUGUUUUUCUCUCUAUUUGUGAAGAUUCAGUUCCUUAAAUCUUUUAUGAAAAAUUCAUUCAGUAGUGCAG